UGUUCCUCCUCUUUUCCCCUUCUCUCUUGCGAGCUGCAAUAAACCUCGCCACCACGUGGGUUUUGUUGUGUCUUGCGUCGUCCUUUCGUGUCCAAUAAGACCAAGAAGUCCAAGAAGAAAAGAAGAAGAACAUUACCACUUUCGAGUUGGCUGCCGGUUGGCUGAGCAAUAUUGGGGCAGAGUUUGGAGGAUUUUUUCAAGAAAAGCAUUGCUUUUGCUUGGACACUCAGGUACCUGAGCAGAAAUGUCAGGAGUACAGACAGACAGACUCAGCAUCACAGCAACAAUGGCCUCAUCAGUCCUGGGGAUGAUCAAGGAGGAGGUGGCCUGUCCUAUCUGCUUUGAACUUCUGAAAGACCCUGUGAGUGCCAAUUGUAACCACAUCUUCUGCCGAACCUGCAUCACUCUGAACUAUGAGUCCAGCAGAGGCAAAGAAGGGGAGGGCAUCUGCCCUGUGUGCCGAGAUAGUUACCUGUUUGGGGAUCUGAGGCCUAAUUGGCAUGUGGCCAACAUAGUGGAGAGGCUCAAGGAGUUCAAGUCCAGCCCAGAGGAGGAGCAGAAGGUGAAUUUCUGUGUACAACAUGGAGAGAAACUCCAGCUCUUCUGUGAGAAGGACAUGGUGGCCAUCUGCUGGCUUUGUGAGAGAUCUCAGGAGCACCGUGGACACCAAACAGCUCUCAUUGAAGAGGUGGCCAAUAAGUACAAGGGGAUGCUCCAAGCUGCCCUGGAGAUGCAGAUGGCUAACGAGAAAAGAUGUGACCAGUGGGAAGAUGACCUUCAAAAGGAGAGAACUACCUGGGAGACCCAAAUACAGAGUGAGGUAGAAAACGUUGAGAUGGAGUUGAAAGGACUGCGGGAAUUCCUGGACUCCAAGGAGAAGAAUGAGGUUGAGAAGCUGAUGAAAGAGAAGGAAGACAUUCUAGACAUCCUGGAAGAUUCUCAAAAUAAGCUGGUGAAGCAGAGGGAUUCAGUGAGAGACCUAAUCUCAGAUCUGGAGCAUAGCUUGCAGUGCUCAACCAUGGAGAUGCUGCAGGGUGUGAAUCAUGUCCUAACAAGGAGUAAGAACUUAAGACUAAAACAGCCCAAAAUGGUCCCGAGUAAACAGAGAAAGAUCUUCCAAGCUCCGGAUCUGAAGGGCAUGCUGCAAGUGUUUCAAGGGCUCUUGGAUGCCCAGCGCCACUGGGUUCACGUGACCCUGAAUCAAACACAAGAUAAAAACAUUGUCAUUAAUGAAGACAAAAGACAAAUACAACAUCGAAAUGGUGAUAGAAGAAAUUCUCAGAUUUCUAAGACCUACAAAUUGGGUGUCCUAGGGUAUCCAGCUAUUCACUCAGGGAAACAUUACUGGGAAGUAGACGUGUCUAGAUGUGACGCCUGGCUCCUGGGAAUAAAUAAUGGAAAAUGUGCUCAACCCCAGCUUCCUGCAGCAAAUGAAAAAGGCUUGAAAGUCAAAUAUGAUUCAUUUUAUGACUUUGAUGACGCCUUUUUCAAAGGUUUAAAACAUAAUUCUAGAAACAGACAAUAUGUGAAUUAUCAACCUAAACAUGAAAUUAAAGAUGAUUCUGAUGAUAAACAACAUGUAAAUUAUCAGCCCAAAUGUGGCUACUGGGUUAUAGGAAUGACAAACAGGUCUGUAUAUAAUGCGUUUGAAGAGUGUUCUGUCACCCACAAUGCCAGUGUCUUGCUCCUCUCUCCGACUCGUCCUCCCACUCGUGUUGGAGUUUUCCUGGACCGAGAAGCUUGCACUCUCUCAUUUUAUGAUGUUUCCAACCAUGGAGCUCUCAUCUAUAGAUUCUAUGAACCGAACUUCCCUAAUGCUGUUUAUCCAUAUUUUAAUCCUAUGACAUGUUCAGAGCCAUUGACAGUCUGUGGACCACCCUCCUAAGCCCUCACCCGUGUCUGCACAGUGCCCCUGUGUGUGAUGUAUCUAUGUAUCUGACGUUUGUGGCAUCUUUUUAACUUUUUCUAUCUUUUGACUUACUAUUUCAGUGACCUUCACUUUUAUAUACAAACCAGUAUUGAUUCUUUUCCUUGAUCCAGUUGCUUGUCUGUUUACGAGGUUAUAGUAAUUUUAUCUCUUCCCAGAUUCCCACACACAAUGUCUCUUACUCACAAGGUGAGGUAAGACCUCUGCUAACCCGCACUUCCUGUUUUGAGGUGCCACAGAUGGCAGCCAGGGCCUUUUGCGUGCUGAGGAGGUGCUCGGCCCCUGAGCCACUUGUCUCAGCUCUGCCACGUCUAAAACCCCAGUCCUCUGUCGCUGACAGAAGAUGACAGAAAGUUCUUCUCCAGCUUGUCUCUUACUUUUGAAAAUAUAUGUCGGAGAGUCUAGACUAGGAAUAAGCCCUUAGUGGUACAUCAGUUUAACCACAAUGCUGUGCUUCAUCAAAACCUAAGAAGGAAAUAUCUCCAAGGACAUCCACUAAGACUUGGUGUGUUCUGAGCACUUUCCUCUGCUCCAUUUCUGCCACUCCCCAUAGCAGUGUAGCCCUGAAUGACAUCCUCAAAGGCCUCUGCCUAUGUCAUUUUAUUUUUGCAUAUUUGAUAUUAAUCGUGUUCCUAUACUCUAGGUUGGUGUAGAAAAAUAAAUGUGUGGACUGUUCUAAGGCCCCGAGGUUAAAAGCGAGGCUGCUGGCAGGGCUUAGUCACUCAAACCGUCCUGCAAAGGGGCAGCCAACACCUACAAAUUACCCUCUGCCUCCCACACAUGUGGUAGUAUACACAAAUGCAAAAUAGAUUAUGUAAGUAUAAAAUGGAAAUAAAUUCACUGAGAAUAAAACAUCUACUUCACAGUCAGUAAAUGGUUGUAUGUUAGUUUGGGGGCAAAGAUGCUGUACUGGGUUUCGAUGCUGCAAUGAGCAACUGGAUAGGGUUGAGGGGGGCUAAUAUUUGACUUUCCUAAUAUUUGACUUUGCUAAUUAGGUCCUGGGACGUGUCAUCAAGUCUACUCCAAUAUGUUGUAGGUAUAUAUAAAUAUUUGGCUUUUGAGAAAUUUCAGAAUCAAACAUGUGAGUUCGGUGUGACUGUAGCCCAAAAUCUCUGAGAGAUUUAUCCUAGGAAUAAGACCCUCAACCUGACUUGGGUUGGAAAACCUGGAUCCACUUCACAGGGACAAAAGGUCACAUCAUUUUAAAGGCCAGCAAUUCUUUUCCUCCCUGCCAGAAAGCUUGCAGCAACACACUUUGUUUUGCUAGCAGUCUGUUAGCUGAUAAACUAAGGGACCUGCCACCUCUGCUGCUGCAACAUUCCUGUUCCCUCCCUGCACUUCCACCUAGGCAGGCACUCUUUGGUAUUGGAACUGAUAACUUCUUCUUGCUCUCAUUCCAACCUGUCUAUGCAAAGUAAUGUUUUUUGCGUACCCCUUUGUCUUCAUGCUUACAGACCAGCCUGUACCCCAACAAACAACUGCCCCAAUGCAGACUUCCUAGGCUUCCAAUGCCCUAGACUCUGUUCCUCCCUGGAUCCUAGACCACUGGUGCCCCCUGGAGUCUUGGGCCUGGGGAGCAGAUAACAGCAAUUUUCCACAUCUGUUUCUUGAGAGAAUGAGUGUUAUUGUACUAUUUAGUUCCUAUCAAGUAUGUAAAUCAAAGGUGAUAACAGUGAUGCCAGUGAACUUAACCUUGUGCUAUGUUGUGUAACAAACAUAAACAAUAGUUCUAGGAACUUACCUCAUGUAAAUUGUAUCCAAUAUGAUGUCUGUUUUGUCUCCUUGCUGUGACUGUAAUA